AGUUGGGGCUGCCUGCUUACUUGAGAGCGGCAGGCAGCAGCGAUGGCCUGGACGAGGUACCAGCUGUGCUUGGCGGCGCUGAUGCUGAUCACCGGCUCCAUCAACACGCUUUCCGCGAAGUGGGCUGACAAGCUGAAGGCACCAGGCUGCCAUGGAACAGAACCACACAAUUUCCAGCAUCCCUUUGUACAGGCGGUGGGCAUGUUUCUGGGGGAAUUUUCCUGCCUGGCUGUCUUCUAUCUCCUGCUCUGCAGUGACCGGAGGAGGCCAGAACCCACCAUGACACCUCCUCAGCCAUUUAACGGAUUGCUUUUCCUGCCUCCAGCACUAUGUGAUAUGACGGGGACUAGCCUCAUGUAUGUGGCUCUGAACAUGACCAGUGCUUCUAGCUUUCAGAUGUUGCGUGGAGCUGUGAUCAUCUUUACUGGCCUGCUCUCAGUAGCCUUCCUGGGGAGGAAGCUGGUACUAAACCAAUGGCUGGGCAUCCUGAUCACCAUUGUAGGGCUGGUGGUGGUUGGCCUGGCAGAUUUGCUGAGCAAUCAUGAUGAAAGCCACAAACUCAGUGAGAUCAUCACAGGUGACCUUCUCAUCAUUAUGGCCCAAGUUAUUGUGGCCAUUCAGAUGGUGUUGGAGGAGAAAUUUAUCUACAAGCACAAUGUUCACCCUCUGCAGGCUGUUGGCACUGAAGGUUUCUUUGGGUUCGUCAUACUCUCCAUCAUCCUGGUGCCCAUGUACUUCAUACCUGGGGGCAGUUUCAGCGGUAGCCCACGGCAGGUACUGGAAGACGCUAUAGAUGCCUUCUGUCAGAUUGGCAAUCUGCCACUUAUUGCUGUAGCCCUGCUGGGCAAUAUCAGCAGCAUUGCCUUCUUCAACUUUGCUGGUAUCAGUGUCACGAAAGAGAUCAGCGCCACCACCCGGAUGGUACUUGAUAGCCUGCGCACCAUUGUCAUCUGGGUUGUCAGCCUGGCCAUUGGCUGGGAGUCCUUUCAUGGACUGCAGAUCCUGGGUUUCCUCAUCCUUCUUGUUGGAGCUGCCCUUUAUAAUGGACUGCACCAGCCCCUCCUUGCUCGCCUGCCCUGGGGGAGGCCACCAGCAGGGGUUGCAGCGAGAGAUAUUGAUAGAGAAGGUCUCAUUGCCACAGAUGAGCUUUCCAUUAAUGGAGAUAGUUGAUGGCAGUGGAACUCUUACUUCUGCACCACAACUUUGGACCUUUUAUUGAAUGAAUUUGGCCUGUAUUGCUGGGAGAUCGGGCUAAAAACAGCCAACUGGUUUUAAGAUCUGCUUUGUAACUCUGGGGAUGCUUUGCUUAACUUUAAACAUCUGGAUGUUUCUCCAUUAUUUCAUUCUUCUGCCCUUUACUGAAGGAAGCAGAGGGAGUUUUUACCCUUUCUUUAGCAACCACAGAGUAGAGGUCUGCUGCUGCUAAGCAGCCCUCAAGUGGUUAUGGGCUCUCUCCUGGGGUUGCUUGGAAGCCAUCUAAAGCCUUGCUCCAUCUUUCUUCAUCAGCAUUUUGGGAUGGGGACAGUGGACGUAAUUGGAAAGAUUUUCUGGAAACCUUGUACGUAGUUCCUAAGCUGUACCAUCUGCCUUGUGGGUGUCUGUCACUUCAUUGUUUAUCUUCUGUUAAAAUAACAUCAUAAAGCAAUUGGAGGAGGGCAUUUGCUUGUCCCCAGUAAUCCAACCUGCAUAAAGGAUACUCUCAUGCUUCUGCCAAAUAGAAUCUUAUCUAUUCUAUUUUA